AUGGUUGUUGACCUUGAUAAAUAUGCUAAGCCGGGCAAGGGUUAUUAUUUAGCAUUAGGCUUAGAGGGUUCUGCAAAUAAAUUGGGCGUUGGUGUUAUCAAACACAAACUAGGGCAACUUGACAAGAACAACCGUGCCGAAAUAUUAUCAAAUAUCAGGGACACGUAUGUCACUCCACCAGGGGAAGGCUUUUUGCCAAGAGAUACGGCAAGACACCAUAGAAACUGGGUGAGUCGUAUUAUAAAGAAGGCUUUAGCUACAGCAAAAGUGAAGGGACAUGACAUUGACUGCAUUUGCUUCACACAGGGUCCAGGAAUGGGGGCUCCACUUCAAAGCGUUGUGGUAGUCGCCAGAACGUUGAGCCAGCUAUGGAAUAAGCCCAUUGUUGGUGUAAAUCAUUGCAUUGGCCAUAUAGAGAUGGGUAGAGAAAUUACAGGUGCUUACAAUCCAGUCGUUUUAUAUGUCAGCGGAGGAAAUACUCAAGUAAUUGCAUAUUCGAGACAAAGAUAUCGAAUUUUCGGAGAAACCUUAGAUAUAGCUAUAGGAAAUUGUUUAGAUAGGUUUGCAAGGACGUUGAAAAUCCCAAAUGAACCUGCACCAGGAUAUAAUAUAGAGCAAAUGGCUAAAAAAGGGAGGCAUUUAUUGUCCUUACCAUAUACAGUUAAGGGAAUGGAUCUCUCUAUGUCAGGUAUUUUGGCUCACAUUGAUCUCAUUGCGAAAGAUUUGUUUUCUGAAGGAGAGAGCGAUUUGAGAGAUCCUGAAACUGGAGACUUAAUUACAGCAGAAGAUUUAUGCUUCUCUUUGCAAGAAAUCUUAUUCGCUAUGUUGGUAGAAAUCACUGAAAGGGCAAUGGCUCACGUCAACAGUAAUCAGGUGUUGAUUGUCGGUGGUGUUGGAUCGAAUGAAAGGUUACAAGAAAUGAUGGCCAUCAUGGUGAAGAGUCGAAGAAAUGGCCAAAUAUACGCAACCGAUGAGCGAUUUUGCAUUGACAAUGGAAUUAUGAUAGCACACGCGGGACUAUUGAGCUAUAGAAUGGGCCAAACGAAUGAACUUUGGAAUACCGUAUGUAGUCAAAGGUUUAGAACAGACGAAGUUCUAGUUAAGUGGAGAGAGUGA